GUUUAGAUUGCAACCGUAUCAGUAUAUCUCCAGACGCCGCGAGCGUUGCCACAAUGUGGCAAAUAAACUCAUAUACGCGUAAUCUAUAAUUAAAAUAAACUUAUUUCGGUAUCAGUAGCUGUCACUAUGAGUCAUCAUCAGACGAAGAGGAGGAUACAAUAUUGGGCGGGAUUAUGCGCGGCAUCAAACUUCAUGUUCACCGGCGCGGUGAUAUCGUGGCCUUCACCAGCUAUUCCUAAGUUCCAAAGCGGAGAGGCAGAUGUGCAAAUUACUGAGGCGCAAAUAUCAUGGGUAUCCUCCCUGUUCGCCAUCGGUGCUAUCUUAGGGUGCUUCAUAGGGCAUCCGCUGUUGGACCGCGUGGGCCGUCGCAAGGCGCUCCUCUUCGGGACCCUGCCUGGAAUCAUAGGUGCGGGUAUAAUACUAAUCACGAAGUCAGCCGAGAUGUUGUAUUUUCCAAGAAUAUUGUGUGGAGUUUCUUUAGGAAUGAAUGCAGUGGUAGUAAUGAUCUACAUCACAGAAAUAGCUGACAAGGAGAUCAGAGGCGCGCUUGGCAUGUCUGUGCAAGUGACCAACAACCUUGGCAGCCUGAUCGUCUACUGCGUAGGUCCGUUCGUGACCUACAACAUGCUCAACGCGCUGGUGCUCGCCAUUCCUCUCGCCAACUUGCUGAGUUGUCUAUGGAUACCUGAGUCGCCGUAUUACCAUGUAAAAGAUGGUAGGAUUGCGGCUGCUAGGGUGGAGUUUAUAAAGUUGAAGGGCAUUAACGAUGAAAAGUGGGUGGACGAGCAGUUAGGAACCAUACGGGCACAUGUGCGGGAAAGCAUGGAGAAUAAAACUUCCCUCUGGGAGCUAGUCUCUAACAUGAAGUAUAGAAGAGCUUUGUAUAUCGUAACAGGUUUGAAGGUGUUACAAUACAUGACCGGCGGGAUGGCCAUCCAAGCGUAUCUCGAAGUGAUCUUCAGACAAAGCAGUUCCAUUUCUGGACCACUCGUCAGUAUUGUCUAUGGCUUCGUACAACUUCUCACAGGAGUGGGAGGAGCUUUGCUGGCCGGCUACUUCGGCCGACGGCUCCUUAUGUUCGUCUCGGACUUGGGAGUAGCGCUCUCAAUGAGCGCCCUAGGCCUUUACUUCUACCUCCAAGACACCGUCAAACUCAGCCCGGAUACACUCUCUACAAUCUCCUUCUUACCUUUAAUAGGGUUGUUCGGAUUCAAUAUAUUUUAUUCCGUAGGCAUAGGGAUGUUACCUUAUGUGAUGCAAGCUGAACUGUUUCCUAUAAACGUAAAGACAUCGGCGUCUAGUUCAGCCACUGUGAUGGCGUGUGUCAUGAACUUUGUUAUUACCAAGUGUUACCACGGCAUCAGGGCAGGCUUGGGUCACUCUGCCGUGUUCUGGGCCUUCGCUGUAGUAGGUUAUGUAGGUUUAUUUUUUAUAUACUUUUUCGUGCCAGAAACUAAGGAUAAAACGUUGGAAGAGGUGCAGGAUAAUAUGCUGGAGAAGAAUCAAGAGGCAACGGCGCUUAAAGAUAUGGAGGUUAUUAGUUGAUCUAAUCUUAGUAAAGCCAAUCAUAAAAUUAACGCUCCUUCAUUGAGUUGUGGAUCACAUUAAAAAUUUUCGUAUAAUACAAUCACCUGCAAUAAUAUGUUAUACAACGAAGGCCGCAAAGAUAUCUGACGCGAUCUUAUUUGUAGAGCCAUAAGAGCGUGUCACAUAUUUUUGCGGCCAUCUAAGAGUAACAUAUUAUUGCAGGUGACUGUACAGAGGCGUUCAUUUUAAGAUUGGUUUCACUCAAACUAACGACUCCUUAUUGAAUAAAUAUUGUAGUGUCGACUAUUAUAUGAGCCAGAAUGUUAUCUCUAAGAUCACGAGACUAAUUGUAAAUGAAAGUGCUGAUCAGCAAACAAAUACGUAUAACAAUAUUGACUGUAACAUGUUAUCUGUUUAUUUUAUUAAUUUACAUGGUAAUUGAUGUGCCUAAACAUUCAUCUAAAUGUACAUUUAUGUUGUAACAUUGUGAUUGUAAAUAUAAGACGAAUACACAAGUUAGUUUAUUUUUAUUUUUAAUAUAUUUGAUUCUAAUUCUUUGUAUAUAAAUAAACUGUACCGCUCGUAAAAAAAAAGACGAAUACAUAGUUGCAAAGUUUGAUGAAGGAGCCGAGACACUGUUAAUAUUUAUUCAAGCUGGUAUCAAAUAAUGUUGAUGUGGAGAUCUGGCUUUUAUUAGACGUAAGCAUGACUGUGAUAAGACAGUGCAAAAUAAUGUGUUCAUAACUACAGUUUCUAUAAAAUAAUAGUUGUAUUCAUUUCGCACCGUUUCCCUUAAUCUUAGUGCUGCAUUGCAUUUAUGAAUAAGUGAAACGCCAGCCGAUGAUUUUUUAUAAAUUUAACAAAUAAAAUGUACAAGUACUUAGUACAGUCGACGUCAAAGAUGUUUACAUUUUUCGCCUUAUUACAAAGGAGUAAGGUGCAAAAGUGUAGGCACUUUACUUACUAAUAAAACACCAAAUGUGACCAUAAAAUUGUAUUCUGUUGAAUAAAAAUAUGAAAUACAUAUUGAAUACUUAUUAAACUGUGAUAAAUACACUAGAAACCUGAUACGUCU